UUGAGUUCUAUUUCUAUAUACAAUAUAACCUCAAAGUUUAGUUUAUGUAUUUUUAAACGUGUAUUUAAAAUUUAAAUUAUUUCUCUGUGUUUUAAUUUUAAUUACACAUUUACUAUAAAAUGAAAAAAACUAACAAAGGGCCACAUCCCAAUUUAGGUAACUCCCGAAAAGCUAUACGUAAACAAAAAAGACAAGUUAAAAAGUUACAUCGUCAAGAACAUUAUUUAAAAAAGAAAACCUUCCAGGAAAAACCGUCUUACGAACCUGGAAAGUUCGUAAAAAGACCGGCUGAUGAUCAGCAAUUACCUCAGGAAAUCAAGAAAAAGAAACAAAAACCUUCUAUCCAAGAUGUAAUUACUAAAGAGAUUCAAAAAGAGAAAAAUGAAACUUUACGUCUCAAAGAAGAAAUGGAUAAACAAAGAAAGAAAAUGCUUCUUCAAGCCAACGAAGAAGAAGAUAAAGUCAUCAAGAAAUUGGAGAAGCAGUUGGGAUUAAAUAAAUCAAAAAACAAAAAUAAUCGGUUUGCAGAUGACGGACUUGAUUAUUUAUUAGAAAUAUGUGAUAGAACAACAUCAGAACAGAUUGUCGCUGCUGAGAAGCAUCUGGCCAAUGUUGAAGAUGAAUCCGAUUUUGAUGAAGAUUUAGCAGUAGUAACAGGAGGUAAACUUGAAAGAAAAAAGAAAUAUAAAGAAGUAGAAAAAAAUAAAGAAACAGAAAAGGAUAAAAAGAAUGAUAAAGAGAAUAAUGAUGUUAUGAGUGAUUCAAAUGAAGAAUUUGAUGAUAUUGAUAAUGGGGAGUCAAAUAACAGUGAUGAUGACAUAGAUGGAGAUGAAUAUGGCAGUGGUGAUGAUUUAUCAGACUUAGAAGAGGAUGAUGAAAUGUCAGAAGAUGAACCAGAAGUUAAACCAACAAAAUCAAUUAAGUCCAAAAAAGAAUCAGUUAAAUCUAGCAACAAUCAGAAGGUCGUUUCAGAGGAGGAUCUAAGUAAGGUGUUCAGUGAAGAUGAAGUGUCACAUCUAUCUGGUGAUGACGGCUUGGAUAAUUUUUCCGGUGAUGAUGAUAAUGAAAAUCACAAUGAUAAUAGUGCGAAAGAGAAGCCGGAUGUUUGGGAAGACAUUUAUGGCAGGAAGAGGGACAAAGAUGGAAAUAUUAUAAAGGAAGAAAAAGGUAUUUACAUACCACCUCACUUAAGAAACAAAGGUGUAGCUUCAGACAAAGAUUUGGCCCUAUUGAAGCGGCAAAUCAAAAGUGUGCUGAAUAAACUAGCCGGUACGAAUCUCCACUGGGCGUGCACCUCUAUAGAAAAUUUAUACUCGAACAACAGCCGUAACUCUGUGAAUACUGCGCUAACGGAGUUAUGGAUGGAGGCGACAGUGGCGCCCUCGCACACGCCCGACCGAAUGGUGGCCGAGCAUGCCGCCCUCGUCUCCGUACUCCACGCUAAUGUCGCUACUGAGAUUGGUGCCCAUUUCUUGCAGGAGUUGUGUAAGAAAUUCGACGCGAUGAUGCAAACGCCGCAGCCGGUGGAGGACAAGAGAUUAGAUAACUUGGUGUCUUGUUUGGGACAUUUGUAUUGCUUCAAGAUCUACCACGCGAGCCUUUUAUACGAUAUCUUCGGUCGAUUGAUGGACGAGAUAUCAGAGAAGAAUAUAGAAUGCGUGCUGGUCGCGCUGCGGAGCGUGGGCGGCGUGCUGAGGAAGGAGGAACCUUUGGCGUUGAAGAACUUCAUACACGAGACACAAGCCAAAGUGGCCAAGCUGAGCUCCAGCGCUGCCAAUGGCUCUCGCAUCAAGUUCCUGCUGGAGGUGCUGCUGGCGGUGAAGAACAACAACCUGAACAAGAUCCCGGGCUACGAGCCGACGUACGCCGAGCAGCUCCGCAAGCAAGCUCGCGCCGCCGUCCGCCGCGGGAACUACGGCGCGCCGCUGCACAUCAGGCUGCACGACCUGCUGCAAGCGGACGAGAAAGGAAAGUGGUGGAUAGUCGGCUCCGCAUGGGAGGGAAACCAAGCCCGGCAGGAGGAUAAGACGACAGUGAAACUGCCCGCCACCACCGACCAGAAACUUCUAGAACUAGCCAGAAAACAGAGGAUGAACACAGAUGUUAGAAGGAGCAUAUUCUGCGUUAUAAUGUCCGCUGAGGAUUACAUGGAUGCCUUCGAAAAGCUUCAGCAUUUGGGUCUAAGGGGUCAACAGGAGAGAGAGAUAGUCCACGUGUUGCUAGCUUGUUGCCUGCAAGAGAGAACUUACAACCCUUACUACGCGGUACUGGGACAGAAGCUAUGCGACACCGAUAGGAGAUAUCAGCUCUCCAUACAAUAUUCGGUGUGGGACAAGAUCAAGGAAUUGGAGAAUCUGUCAAAACAGAGUAGCGCGAACUUGGCCCAGCUGCUCGUGCACCUUAUCAUGGAGAAGGGGUUGCCACUGUCCGUUUUGAAGGUAAUCGAGUUCUCGGACCUGAACAAGGCGACCGUUCGAUUCAUGCGUCAAAUCCUUCUAGCCAUAAUAAUGAACGAAAACUUACAAACGUGCCUCGAAGUGUUCCACAGGAUUUCUAAACCGGCUAAACUGCACAUGUUCAGGGAAAGUAUAAGGUUGUUCAUACAACACUUCCUAAUAAAAAAUAUGGGUAAACAGAGCAACGUUUUGAGCGCACAGGAAACGGCCAAGCUGAAGGAACGAGCGGUGGAAGUUGACAAGAUAUUGACCAUGUACGAGUCCAAGUUGAGGCUUUAAUAAAGUGUUUUGUAUAUUG